AUGAGUAUUAUGUCAACAACUCGUAAUUACGUAUCUUAUUCGUCAGACGACUUAGAAUUAUGUUGGAAUCUCCUUAACGAAUAUAAUGAUUUUCGUCGAAUAGCUCAAUUUCGUUUGAAAUUAAUAAAACAGUUGACAGAUGCCAAUAUUUCUUUGAUAAAUGUACCACGAAAAACGUUAAUAAUGCAAAUAUUAACGAGACAAUUGUUCCAUAUCACUCAAUUAGAAGAACUUAAAGCAGUGAAAGAUGUAACUAAUUAUUUUACACAAGAAGAAUUAGCAGAAAGUAAUAAAGUAACUGAAACAAUAUUGAUGAUGAACCCUGAAUUAGAAGAUUCUGAUUCAUUGACAGAUACAUGGUUUGAGUUAAAUGAGUUAAAAGCAAAAAUAAAAGAUGCUCAACAGUACAUACCAGCGACUUAUUAUCAACGUAAACAAAUGUUAAAUAAAAUACUUGGUUAUGAGCCCCUAAACGAAAUUGACAAUACAGUCAUAGAAGAAGAAAAAGCAUUAGAUGUCGAUGCUAUUUUUCCUAAAGAUGAUAUUUUAAAUAAUGGUGAUUUAUUUGAAUUUAGCUCAAAUCGUUUACAUGAUGCAUUUUAUGUUUUUAAAACUAUUCGAGGUACAUGGAAGCAAAUAAAAUCCAUGUGGUUGAAUAAACUUGAGAGUAAUUAUCAAUUUCAUUUUGAUAAAAUAGAGGACAAAAAUGAAGUUAUACUCGUUCCAGCAAUGGAAGAGUAUGGUUACGGUGUACCUUACUUAUUUGCAACUACACCUUGGGAAUGUUUACCUGACGGUGCUGUAUAUAAAUAUAUUGAUAUUAACCACUUCAUACAAUUAAAUCUAUUAGAAAGUUCCACAAUUCAAUAUGUUCUUAAAGAAAUUGAAGAACGUAAAUUAAAUCCACAUUAUCAUGAUGACUAUAUGGAUGAAGAUUUGACGGUUGAUUUGAACACAUUUCCUCAAGAAUAUAUAGCAGUAAUCAAUGUUGAAAAACAACAAAAUGUUAUCUGGUAUAAACGAGCAGUCUAUGGUACUCUAAAUUCAGCUGCGAAAAAUUUAAAUGAUAAUCGCGAAAUAUUUUUAUCAAGACGUCUGUUAGAAGCAAAAAUUCAGUUUGAUGCGUGA